GUGGUCCUUAGGCGUUUCGACACACCUUUUGUCUUCAGCCCCCCUCCUUUUGACAGAACGCGACUACAGCACGCGAACAUAUUCAACAGCCUUUACGGCUCAAGCCGCUCAUUAUAUCUUCUGCUAUCUAUCUAUGACACAUUAUUAUUUUCACAUGUAAAAACGACGACUGGCCUUUUCAGUGUAAAUCACGUAUCAAUGGCGGGAAAAUCGGUAGCCAAGGGUCGUCGAAAGGUGAAGAAUGCAUCGCGAAUGUCUACGCGGGAAAGCCAGGUUCCUGAGAUAUAUCGAGAAAUGCUCGCCGAAGCUCUCCCCCAGCAGAGUCUCAGCUCCCCACAAUCCUCAAAUCAACAUAAAAAUACGCUCGCUCCUCGCCUGGCCUCAGUUGCUCAGGUCAACCAUUGUGCCAAUGAUCUCGAUGACAAACUGGACACUUCUCCGGGUCUUCAAGCUCGCACCGAUGCGCGUCAAAUCUCGCCACGUAAACAGAGAGUUCACCUAGAUUCUGCCGAAGAUUCUGAUGAGAGUGAUUGUGAUUGGCAGGACAUAGAGUUUAACAUGGCCGCUUCCAACGAGCCCAUGGACCGAGAAAUUGAAAUCACAUUGACAAGAACAGAUAUUUCGGAGCAAAGGAAUACGGCUCGCAAGCGAAAGGCAACCACUAAGGCAGAUCGGCUUUAUAGAAUAGCUCUUCACAAGAUGCAUGUAUUAUGUCUUCUAUCCUAUCUUGCUCGACGCAAUUCAUGGUGCAAUGAUAAUGAGGUCCAAUCAAGCCUGCGGUCACUAUUGAGCAGUAAGACGCUGAAAUUUCUUCGACCCAGUUUGGAACUCUCACAAUUCGGGCGGACAGAAUCUCUGAAAAGGGGUCUCCAUGAGACAUCAGUACUCUGGCAAACUCACUUUAAAAUUACAGAACAAGGAUUGAGGAGAGCAUUGUGGAGUGAAGAUGAGAAAGAUAUCCGAUAUUCUGAACUAGCCGAUAAUUUGGACUCUGUCAUUAAUAUACAAGAUUUUCGCAAAGCAGCGAAUAGUCUCAAAGGAUCACGAGACGUUGGAGCAAAACUCUUCUGCGCGCUCCUAAGAAGUGCAGGGGUAGAAGCUCGACUUGUAUGCUCUCUACAGCCGCUAUCCUUCAACGCAGGCGGUCCACUCCGAGUUAAUGAGACAUUCAAGUCCUCGAAUCAAGCACACAAAUCUGAAACUGGGGUAAAGCACAGCUCAACUAAUCCAUCAACAUAUCAAAAUACCCAGGCCAUAGGAAAUACAGGAGAAAAUGACCCUAGCAUACACUUAGAUAUGUUUACAGCUGUUCGGCGCCGUUUAGGUCAUCCAAAUGCUGCUGAAUACAAUCUUCCACAAAUGAGAGCUCCAAAACUACCACAUAACAAAAAACCUACUGAAAUUUUACCAUGUGAAUCCUCAUAUCCCAUAUUCUGGGCCGAGGUUUUUGAUGAAGCACAUCAAAAAUGGAUCUCAAUUGACCCGUUGGUCACUCGAACUAUAAACAAGCCGCAAAAGUUCGAACCUCCAGCUUCCGAUAACAAAAACAACAUGUCAUACGUUAUUGCCUUUGAGGAUGACGGAUACAUGCGGGAUGUGACCAGAAGAUAUGCAAAAGCCUUUAACAGCAAGACAAUAAAGAAUAGAGUAGAAUCCACUCCUGGGGGCGCUGAUUGGAUGAAAGCAUGUUUGAAACCGUUAACUCGUAUUCCGAGUACCGAUGCAGAUCAGAUUGAAGACACAGAACUUGCUAGAAAUGAAGCCCAGGAACCGAUGCCUAAAAAUAUCACAGACUUCAAGAACCAUCCAUACCUCGCGUUGGAGCGGCACUUGCGAAGGAAUGAGGUUUUAACAGUUGGAGCUCAAGAAUGUGGAAAAGUCGCUACCGGUAGAGAUUCACGACAUUCGGGCGGCAAAAAAACAGAAAGAAUUUUUAGGAGGCAGGACGUCAAAUUUGCUCGGAGUGCCGAUGCCUGGUAUCGACUAGGCCGGGAUAUUCAGAUGGGCCAGCAACCUGUCAAGACAGUGAAAGCGAGAAAAAAGAUAACGGAUGAUAGUUUUGGGGUGGACGCUAUUAACCUUUAUACUGAAGAGCAGACAGUACUCUACCAGCCACCGCCCGUGGUCAACGGUAGGAUCCCAAAAAACUCUUACGGAAAUAUUGAUCUCUUUGUUUCAACAAUGCUUCCGCAUGGUGCUGUGCAUUUAUCAAAUCAAUUUGCCUCGCACGCCGCCAAAAUACUCGGGAUAGAUUACGCCCCUGCUCUAACAGGGUUUGAAUUUCAUGGAAGACAUGGCACAGCUAUUCUACAAGGUAUUGUCCUUGCAGCUGAAUAUCGUGAGGCUACCGAGGCUGUCAUUGCAGCAUUGGAAGAUGAGCAGGUGCAGCUUGAAGAAAACCAAUGUCGCCUUCACACGCUUCGAAUGUGGAAGCGAUUUCUUGUUAUUCUUAGAAUCAAAGAGCGUAUCGAAGGGUACAAUAUUGAGGCUGAAAAUCCACCAGAAAACAAAUCUCCGCAGAUUCCCACCACGAUCCCUGACAGUGAUGAUAGUGACUGUCAUGGAGAAGGUCUGGAGGAUGAUGAUGCAGCCGGAGGGUUCUUGCGCGAAUGA